AAACAAACCUGUAUGCUUUCUUUCUCUCUGUUUCCCUUUCCUUUUUCUUCUCACUUUACUAAUUAUUAUCCAAAUCAUCCCUCUCUGUCAUCGAAUUCUUCGCUUUAAUUAUAAUCCUGCCUCCUCCGCCUUCAAUUUCACUUCAUUGAUGUGAUGGUGUGGUUUUGAUAAUUUGGGGGAGACGUGUUUAGAGUUAGAAUGGAAGACCCCAAAACCCCAGAAACCCUAGAAGCUCAAAGCCCUGCGAAUGAGAUUAGCGAGGAUAUUUCUGGUUUUUCUGGUUUGGUUGAUUUGAGUGGUGGGUUAACUGUGGAGAUUCCGGUUGCUGAGAAUGCCAAUGGCGUAGCGGUUAGUAAUGUCGAAUUGAGGAUUGAGGAGGAUGAAAUGGGAAUUGGCGGUUUAGAGGGAGAAAUUUUGGAUGCUGGUGGAGAUGAAGACGGUGGUGAUGGUGGUGGAGCUGAGAAUGACCAGAACAAUGGCAACGCGGUGGAAUUAGACGGUCUUUCUACAGGGAAGAACGUCGAAGUUUCUGGCGAUGGUAUAUCGCUUACAGUGGACGUCUCAAAUGUUCAGCCAGGAGAACCAGAGCUUCCCAAGUCAAUAGUAAUUGAAGAAAUUUCGAAAGAAGCUGGAGAUGAAAAGCAGGUUAUUGAAAAUGGUGAAGAGAACAAAUUUUCGGUUGGUGAUGUAAUAUGGGUCAAGACCAAAAGUCAGACAUGGUGGCCUGGAAAGAUACAUCCCUCAGAUGCAGUAGACAGUGACGCCAGUAGCCAGAGUGACAGUCUUUUAGUUGGCUAUUUUGGGAGCAGCCAUGUGACAUGGUGCUCUACAUCUCAGUUGAUACCCUUUGCUGAGAACUUUGAGCAGAUGUCCGGGAAGUACAAGUCUCGAAGUUUCCUUGGGGCUGUAGAGAAAGCUGUGGAUGAGUUUGGUAGGUGUGUGAAGUUGGAGAUGACGUGUUCGUGUAUUCCUGAAGGAAACCGCCCAUUAGAAGGUGAUGAUGGAUCAAAGGAUACAACUUCUCUGCCUCGGCGCAAGUCUGGUUUCCUUGCUAAAUAUUCUGUUGAUCAGUAUAAACCCGAAACAUUCCUAGCACGUGUUAAGGGUCUUGCGCAGAUUGUUUCCCUAUGUGGAGCACUAGAGUUGAGUAUCCUGUAUAAUCAAUUAGCAGCUUUUCAAAGCUCAAUAGGGCACCUGCAGUUACCUUUGCAUCUGCUCUGGGAAACUCAUGAUGCUGACGACAAUGUGGCGAGCAGAUCAGUGAGAAAAAGCAAAACUCGUGUUACAGUGAAAAAUGAUGAAGAACAGGUAGAAGAUGGCACACAGAGCUCACCGUUAGAGACACUGCCCAUAGGAUCAGACGUUCUACGUGAAACGAUGGAGGGAAAGAUUGAAGAUCCAAAUAAGGUACUUGACGGAAGCAUGGAAGGGGGGAAAAGGAGCUCCAGAAGAAAGACAAUUGCUGAUGAAGGAAUCGAAUCGAGAUCGUUAAAGAGAAAAAGAAGUGACAAAUUUGAAGAUCUUGAAUCCAGCAAAAUGGAUUCUUCAAUCAAGGGAGAGGUCAUCAAUCCAUUAGCUUAUGAAGGCAAGGAUUCUGAUGUGGGAGACUUUGAUGAUGGGAGCAAAGGGAUGUCGGAAAAGAGAUCGGAGACGAGAGAGAGGAAGAAGAGCAAGUAUUUAUCUUUUCCAUACAUAAACUGGGGGCCGAAAAGUAUGCCGGCUGACACAGAAGGUAUUAAGGCGCUUAAAAUUUCUAGCGAAGGUGAGGAUGAAAGUGAAGCUGAGGGCAAGAAUGAAACCCCUUUACUUUCUAAAUGCAGUGGCAAGUUCUGGAAGAAGUGGUACUGGAAUAUCACCAGUGGCAGUGAUGUUGCUGGUAAUCAAGAGUUAACGAGUGUUUCGCCAGCUGAGUUUCUUUCUGAGCUUCAUUUUACUGCUGUGAAUUGUCUUUAUCCAAAUGAAAGUAAUAACUUUGACGCUGUCGCUCAGUUCUUCUCGAGAUUUAGAAUUCUCACGUUUCAUGAUGAAUCUGUCGAUGCUGGUCAAAAUGAGGCAAAGACUGCUGAGGUUAAGCAUCCUUCUUCUAAUGCUAAAUCAGGGAUCAAGAAAAGAAAAAGUCAGGCAAGUUCUAUCUCGGAAAUGGAAGAGGUUAAGCAUCCUUCUUCGACUGCUGAAAUAUAUCCUGCAGGAGAGGCACAAAAAAAGACCCCUCUGUCUAAAAAUGAUGGAGAAAGCUUGGGGAGAUUGAAGACUAAAUCCCUUUCUGCCUUGUCCGAUGUGAACAUAAACAUUUCUUCGAGUAGCCCGCUUACAAAAGACUCACCCGAGAUUGGACCUGGACCACUCUCACCCAAUGGUUUACCAAAGCGAAGGAAGAGAAAAAACGAUGGAUCGCUUCUCCAGAGUAAAUCAACAACAGAGAUACCUGAUUUAAAUGGAAGUGGUUCGGCACCUGCCUUGUUGGUGGAAGAUCAGCGGGCUGCGAGCCAGGUUGCUUCCCAACAAAAGUCUGAGCCAAAGAAGAGAAGGAAACUUGGUGCUGUUAAGGAGCAUUCAAAGGUGUCUUCUGAAUUCAUAGAUGCGAAUAACAGCAAUGAACCUGGUUCCUUUUUCAUUGAUCUACAGGUCUCAGUUCCACAACCACUUGGUGUGAUUUCAGAGAAAAAUAAAGUGGAUUUUGAAGGAGCGCCUAACCAGUCGGUGGAGGAGCAGACAAUUGCCCAGGAUCAGAGCAAGUCUGGGGUCAAAAGCCGAAAGAAGAAGGAGAAACCGCCAUUGACAGAUCCGAAGGUAAUCUUGCCUUCUGAUAUACCAGAUUUAAAUGGAAUGGGUAUUGAAUCUAGUCAGGGGAAAGACUCCCAGUUGACUAAACCAAAGAGGAGGAGGAGGAGAAAAGGUGAAGCUAGUUUGAACCAUCCGAGUCCUUCUGACAAACAAUAUAUCUAUAAUAAAGUUGAAACUGAUGGUGAUGGAUUAGGAUCUCUUCUUCUCUUGACUUUCUCUUCAGAAGCUCCCUUACCGCCCCGGCAGCAAGUUAUCACAACGUUUAGCCAGUUCGGAUCUUUGAAGGAAUCCGAGAUACAGUUGAAAGAUUCAACUGUUGAGAUAGUUUUCAUUCGAAGUGCUGAUGCGAUGGAAGCAGUUCGGAGUUUAAAGAAGAACAACAUUUUUGGCCCAACUCUUUUAAAAUACCAGCUCUAUCACCUCUCAACUCCCCCGAAGACGUCGGACGUGGACAGGGCUUGCACAGCACUGGCCUAUCCAGCAUCUGAGGGCACUCUCAACUCAUCAAAGUCUGCUGAAUCAGGGUCUCAAUCAGCAGGUGAGGCACAGCCUGUCGAGUUUAUUAGGAAGAAUCUUCAGAUGAUGACAUCAAUGCUGGAGAAGUCCGGAGACAAUCUCUCCCCAGACACGAGAGCCAAAUUGGAGAGCGAUAUUGAAGUCCUCCUCAAGAAGGUGAGUUCCAUGGCGGGUUCUUCCUCAACGUAAAGGAACCGUUGUGGAUUUUCUUUCAUCAGGUUCUAUCAAACCCUUCGUUAGUCUUGUUGGUGUAUUGUAGGUGUAGUUUAUGUAUCCAAGGACACAAAUAUUGCCUAGGCAAUUCGUGGAGCUUCUCUGUUUAUUAAUAGUACUUCUAGUUUUCCCUUUUUUCCUUUCGUUACAACAUCGUAUAAGCAAUGUGAAGCCUUUGCAUUUCAUGAGA